AAUUAGAGGGGAAUUGUAGGAGAGGGGAAAAGAAAGAGAGCUGUGGUGCUGAUAAAAGGAUGGGGAAAGCGGUCGGGCCGGGCCGGUUCGGGUCGGGCAAAUGUGGUGGUUUGGGUUAGAAAUGAAGGAGGAAAGCGAAAAAGGUAUUGGUCGACAAGGUGACCGACGGGUCACUUUAGCCUUGUCGUCAAGUGUAGCCAAAUGCAAAGACCAGGAAUAAAAACAGAUUGUGAAUUGAAUUGGAUGGGUCGUCGCUGGUCAAAGCAGGCCGCGGUCAAACAUCACGCAACCACUUUUUUUUUCUAUUCUUCGCUCUUCUCGAAGCAAGGAAGAAAAAGAGCAGUCGCUGUAAAUUUCUAUUGUCUGCGGACAAUAAUCGCU